UAUUUACCGGCGGAUACUUACAAGUUUUUCAAGGUGAAAAACCUUAAAACCAGAAGAGUCUGUCCACUCCCAUAAUUUACCUGCGGUGGUCAGCUACUAAAGCUAAAUUUUGUUUGUCCAAAAAAAAAAAAAAAAAUAAAAUAAAAUUUGAGGGACCCGAAUAUUAUACAAGUCAAAAUGUGGUAAUGGGUUAGCCAUUUUCGAAACCCAUGAAGCGCGAAAUAGGCAGACUAGUCGCUGAUGGCUUAUACAGAGAAGCCCUAUGCUUAUAUACUCAACACCACUCCGCUUCUUUCCCCCCUCACAAAUUCACAUUCCCUCCACUUCUCAAAGCCUGUGCCAAGCUCCGAUCAGCCCCUCAAGCCCAAAUGGUCCACACCCAUCUCCUCAAAACCGGGUUCUUCUCCGACGUCUACUCAGCCACCGCUCUCACCGACGCUUACAUGAAGCUCAAUCUCAUGGACGAUGCGCUCAAGGUGUUCGACGAAAUGCCUGACCGAAACUUGGCUUCGGUAAACGCUGUGAUUUCCGGGCUGUUGCAUAAUGGACAUCGCAGAGAGGCUUUAAAGGUGUUCAAGAGCGUUGGUUUUGGAGGGUUCGGGUUGAAUUCGGUUACUAUAGCCAGUGUGCUUUCGGCGUGUGACAAUGCGAAGGAGGGGAUGGGAAUGCAUUGCGCGGCGGUGAAGCUCGGGGUUGAGAGUGAUGUUUAUGUUGCUACAUCAGCUGUGAGUAUGUAUUCGAGCUGUGGGGAGUUGGUUUCUGCUGCAAAGUUGUUUGAAGAUAUGCCUGUCAAGAAUGUGGUGAGCCAUAAUGCUUUUAUAACAGGGCUUAUGCAGAAUGGGGUUCCAAGGGUGGUGUUGGAUGUGUUUACGAAAAUGAGAGCAUGUAGAGGUGAAAAUCCGAAUUCAGUGACAUUGGUUUCGGUUCUCUCUGCUUGUGCUAGUGUUUUGUAUCUCGGAUUUGGCAGGCAGGUUCAUGGUUUGAUCGUGAAAAUUGCGAGUGGGAUUGAUGCUAUGACUAGAACAGCGCUUGUGGACAUGUAUUCCAAGUGUGGGUGUUGGCAGCUCGGGUACCAAAUAUUCGAAGAUCUAGAUGAAACAAGGACCUUGUUUAUAUGGAAUGCCAUGAUUGCAGGAAUGAUGUUGAAUGCGCAGUGGGAGAUUGCUGUUGAGCUUUUCGAACAGCUAGAAUCUGAAGGGUUUAAGCCUGAUUCAGUGACUUGGAAUUCAAUGAUCAGCGGGUUUUCACAACUAGGGAUGGGAAACGAAGCUUUCAAGUAUUUUAAGAGAAUGCAAUCGACUGGUGUAGCUCCGAGUUUGAAAUCUGUCACUAGUCUUUUGCAAGCCUGUGCAGAUUCAUCUGUUCUGCAAUGUGGACAAGAGGUUCAUGGGCAUGCAAUUAGGACUGAUAUUAGCAGUGAUCUGUUCUUUUCAACUGCUCUCAUUGACAUGUACAUGAAAUGUGGGCAGUCUUCUUGGGCAAGAAGAGUUUUUGAUUCCUUUCAUGUAAAACCUGACGAUCCAGCAUUUUGGAAUGCAACAAUAUCUGGGUAUGGAAGAGAAGGAGAGAAUGAAUCUGCAUUUCGAAUAUUUGACCAGAUGCUCGAAGAAAAAGUACAACCAAAUGCAGCAACUUUUAUAAGUCUUCUAUCUAUGUGUAGUCACAGUGGUUUAAUUGACAAGGGAUGGCAAAUUUUUAGGAUGAUGGAUAGAGAUUUUGGAAUAAAACCAGAUCCGAAACAUUAUGGUUGUAUGAUUGACCUUUUAGGUAGAUCAGGCAGGUUGGAUGAAGCCCGGGAAUUAACACACGAGUUAUCAGAGCCUUCUGGAUCAGUUUUUGCUUCUUUGCUAGGUGCUUGCGAGUCCCAUUUAAAUCUAGAACUGGGGAAAGAAAUGGCCAUAAAACUUUCAGAAUUAGAGCCAGAGAACCCUACACCUUUCCUGAUACUGUCCAAGAUAUAUGCUGGGCUUGGGAGGUGGAAGGAUGCAGAAAUCAUUAGGGGAAUGAUGGAUGAUCAAAAGUCAAGAAAGCUCCCUGGCUUUAGCUUAUUACAAUUGCAUGAAAAAUAG